CCACGACCGCACCAGCACCACACCAGCGUGCGUCGCGGCCAAGUGGGAUCCCACCUACCCGCGCUCCGCAACGGCUAUAUUCCUCCUCGCCUUCCCCGCGCUUAAAUCCCGCGGCCCCUUCUUCCUCCUCAUCCCCUCCCGGUCUCCCGCACCAUCAAUCAAUCCUGAAUUCCUGACUCCGCAGACCUCCUACCUGCUCCCCAACGGCUACUGUGCCAUUACCCCCUCCGGCGAAUCCAAUCCAAUCCAAUGGCGACGACGCCGGCGCGGCCAUCGCAGAGCGGGGCCGGAGGAGGCGGUGGCGAGGCGGUGUCGGUGCAGCACGUGGCCAAGGCCUCCUCGGACGAGCUGCUCCGCAAGUUCGCCGACCCGGAAGACGACGACGACGCCGCCAAGCAGGGACCAACCCCGCCCCGCCGCAGCCUCGCGCUGCGCCGCAAGCGCUCGUCCCGGCGCGUCGCGUCGGGGCUCUCCGCGAGGGACUCCGGUGCGGCGUCCGGGGCGGGGCUGGAGCUGGCCGCGCCCAAGCGCCGGCGCAGCAUCGGCGGAUCAACCGACUGGAGGGCCGGGCUGCUGCUGCCCACCACCACCGCCUCCUCCUCCUCCUCCUCCUCGGCGCGGAAGGGCAACGGCGGCCACGCGCGCGCGAAGCGGGGCGCGCGGCUCGACGAGGCCGGCGUCGCGCACUUCCUCGCCGCGCUGGAGCGGACGUGGAAGAAGACGGUGGCGGGCGCGUCGAGGAUGUUCGUGGAGAGGCACCGGAGCAGCCACGUGCAGCUCAUCAGCGACAUGGUCUAGCUGAUCACCCUGCCCGCUCGGGGUAGCUUCUGCGAAUUAACUGAAUUCGUUUCUGAACUUGGCGGAAUAAAAAUGGCAGAGGAGAAUUAACGAGGCGAACCGAAUCCAACCAGCUAUUACGUUUCUCCGGGGGUUCAGCUUCUUUCUCUGCCAGUGUGUUUGCUUAUGCUCAUUUCAUCAUCGUCACUACGUACAUUGUAAAUUCAAGUUUGCAAAUUCCAUACCAGUGCUGUAUGCCAAUUGGAUUUUUCAUCUUCCACUGCACCAGUACUGUUUACUUGCAGCUUGUGUAAAAUUUCCCUACAAUUGGAGUGACGACUAGAGGAGACCGAGAGAAAGAGAUGAUACUUUACAGUACAGGCGACAGGUGUAUCUGUGAUGGCAGUGCUACUGCCCUUUUUUUUUUUGAGAAAUUGCUAUUGCCAAGUGUGAA